CACACACGUAUACCAACCAAGGCAAAGUGGUAGCACCAUUCUCUUACAAUUGACAACAACAGUGUAAUUGAUAACAUCACCAAUUUUACCAUGGGUAUUACACACCCUUUUCCCUCAAAAUAAACAAAAAUUAACUUCCAAUUCCAAACUUUCCUCUUUCGAUCAUUCUUUCUCAUCUCCUCUUUUUCUUCCUAGAUCUUCCUCUUUUCUGGCAACCAAUUCCUAUUUCACUUUAAAUAAACUACGAUACUUGGUCAUACCAUCAUCAUCUCCAACAACAAACAAUUUCAAUUCGACUUUCUUCUUCUUCCAAGUUUACUUUACCUAGAUCCACCUACUUUAAUUAAUCCUUGAAAUUCAGGAAUUUUUCUGGGUUCAAAAUUUUAUUUUCUGGGGUUGUUGAAUUUUGGUGAAUCGUUCGAGUCAACUCAAUACAAAUGCCGGAAGAAGAUCUUGUGGAUAUAAAGUUCCGGUUAUACGAUGGAUCAGAUAUUGGUCCGUUUCGUUACUCUUCUGCCUCGACUAUUGAGAUGUUGAAAGAACGAAUUGUGUCCGAGUGGCCUAAAGGAAAAACUGUUGUUCCAAAAGUGGCAAAUGAGAUUAAAUUAAUAAACUUUGGUAAGAUUCUGGAGAAUAAUAAGACUGUUGGCCAGUGUCGGGCACCUUUUGGUGAGCUUACUGGUGGAGUCAUGGUUAUGCAUGUUGUUGUACAGCCAUCUCAAACAAAGACUAAAGCAGGAUUUGCUACAUGCCAUCAGAAAACCCAGAAAGUCUGGACUCUGGACUGCUGGAUUGCAUUGAAUACUCAGUUAACUUUACUCAUCUGCAAAGUCGCCUUAGAAGAAGAUUGAAGAGUCAAAGAAAUUUGUUUGCUCAUGCUGCAUUAUGUAGGAAUGAAAGAAGUCCCGUAAGUAGGUGGAUAUUGUGCAUCAAGAGUGGGAGGCAGGAGGUUGCCGGAGCUUGUAUUAAAAGCUGUUCUUUCUCAGCAAGUUUUAUCAUUCUAUCCUCGUUGACAAGCUGCUGGCCUCCUGAUUUUCUUGAAAGCUUUGCCUUUUUUUUUUUUUUUUUUUUUUUUAAUUUUUUUUUUUUUAAAUUUUUGGUGUACCAGUGACACGAAGCUGUAUAGAGCUAUUUGCUGUAAUGGAAAACCACAAUCAACUGUGAAGAAUAUAUAGCCGUUUUGUGCGUGUGACUGAUGCUAAGAUAUAACAACAGUGUGUUCUUUCUUUUUGGAACAAAAUCAUAAUUCAUAGGUUCAUUUAUUCUGUCUGCA